UCCUGUAAAGUACUCAACAGAAUUUAAAGUAGUUUUAGCUGAGUAUAAAAAUCCAAUACAAAACAUGGAUCGAAGUACAAGCGAAGACAACUUUGAAUCUAAAAACUUAGACAUAGCCCAAAAGUUUGCACCUAAGGGUCUAGAUGAUAGCGAGUCUGAACCCACAAACCAAACAGCUCAGGUUGAAUCUGCUGAAGGGGAUGACAAUUAUCAAGAAAGCCAUCUAUCUAACACAAGGCAAAAUUACGUCAAUGAACAGAGAGAUUACGAUCAAUACAGCGAAUAUGGUGAAGAAGAUACUAACGGAUAUGACGUAGACAGCCCACCACCUUAUUCAGACGAUUUUCGUCAUAAGACAGAAGUGUCUUACUUACAGAAUGCUUCAACAGCUUAUCACAAAAAUGCUUCGACAGCUUAUCACAAGGUCGCUUUAACCAAUGACUACAAGAAUGCUUCAGCAGCUUACGACAACAGUGCUUCUGCAGCUUACCCCAAGAAUGCUUCAACAGCUUACCCCAAGAAUGCUUCAACAGGUUACCCCAAGAAUGCUUCAACAGCUUACCCCAAGAAUGCUUCAACAGCUUACCCCAAGAAUGCUUCAACAGCUUACCCCAAGAAUGCUUCAGCAGCUUACCACAAGAGAACCAAACAUACUCAAUCACGCACAUCGCAAAAUUAUCCCAGAAACGACAACUCGGGAAGACAACUCCUCCAGCCCACAGCCCACUUGCCCGUCCAUGGUAACAUUACCUCCCGUGCUAACGUACAGUCUGUCAGAGAUGAGCCCGAGUCACAGGUAGGGUGUAUUCCCAGUUAUGCAGGGCUAAGCCUGUGUGUUAUGUGUUUUUGCUGUCUCCCACUAGGGGUAGGAGGACUCGUCUAUUCCCUACAGGCCAACACGUUAAAGAAAGUACACAAAUAUGCGAAAGCCAGAGCAGCUGCCAGAAAAGCAUUGGGUCUAAAUAUAGCUGGCAUUGUACUCGGCAUAACACUUGACGUGGUGAUUGUUUAUUUAUUUUAUACAUAUGUAAUGCGGAGGGAUCCAGGUCUUUAGGGUCCCACAGUCGACCAUAAUUAAUUAUUUUAAAAAAAUUAUUAAGGUAAUUUUCGUGCAUUUUUUUUUAUAUUUGGUUUGUAAACAAAAAUACUGUAGCUGCUGUACCAUUAUCUUUAUUUUACAGUCACUCUUCUGCAAACAUUAAAAUGCGUUACACCCAUUGUAUUGUAAAACAUACGCGAAACUUCAAAUUUAAAUGACUUCUGUGACUCGUUGCUCCCUUUGACAGCCAAAUAGGGGACACGAAACUGUUUGACCGAUCUUCCAAA